CUUGUGGUAAAGUAGUGCAAUAGCAUGUGAAUUUUACUCCUGGUAAUGAAACAUGUUCAAAUUGAAAUGCAAAUUACAAUGCAGUUAUAUCUGUUUCACUCAGCUAUUAUAUAUAUAAGGCAGUAAGAAAGUGUAAGUUUUGAGUAGAAACCCCUAAAAACUACAGUCCUGCAGCAUUUAUGUUCAUUUCUGUGUUCCAGUUCUGACAUAUGCAACAGGAACUUCAACCAAAGAAGGAACUGACUAAUGCCUGGAAUAAGCAAGUAGGCCCAGACAGGGCGUAUGUUUUAUUUUUCGGGUUUUUUAAUGCAAGCCUCGCAUGUGUACUAACUACUAAAUCACUUAUUUGGAGCAGAAAAGAAAACCACAUUCAGUCUGCUGAUAUCCCUGGGGUGUUAAGGUCCAUGGAGAUUCGAGGGAAAAUACGACCACUGUGGGCAAAGUGGGUUAUUUUCACUCCAGUUCCACUGAGUGAAGGGUUGUAUUUAUGUGCUCUCCCGUUUAAGGCAUUAGCUGUAUUCACUUUGUUGAAUGGGACUGAUGCUCCCAAACUUUUGCCACCCUGCGGGGAGGGAGGUGAACUGCAGCGGCGGCUCAAAGCCCGGAUGGAGCAGCCAUUGGGGAAGUGUACAGGGCUUUAACGUAACUGAGGAGGUCUCUCUCUCUUUCCCUCUCUCUCUCUCUGGAAUAAUUAAGACAAAGUGAGAGGCGAUCAAGGAUAGAAAUACCAAGAUACGAAAGCUCUACCUGGUGACACAUUACGUUAACUUGAAAAGCUCUACCGGGACUUGACUCGUUUCGGGCCCUGUAACCGAGGCGACAGACUUGAAGUGUGGAAGUUGGGAGACGUGCACACAGCGGAAAAUAGACAGCUGAGCCUGCGCUGCUACAACUACUAGCCACACACGCUAACUGAAACUGAGCUGUGAACUUGCUUUUUUCCAAAUCACGGGGCUCGAAAUCCAGUCACAAGCCCGGGCUCUGUGAGAAUCCAGGGACUUACUUAAUGAAUUAUGUCUGCCACAAGCAUUGACCCUCAGGUAGGAAGGCCGGUGUACCUCUCCUGUAGAGAGCUUGCAAGCUAGCUACCUGCUAAUGUUAACGAUAUUCUGGGCUAUGGCUAUUCCUCGGAAGUGCUAACUAGCCACAAAUGUUGGCCGGUGCAUGUAGCUAUGGCUAGUAAGUUAGCUACGUUCCGUCUAUGAUGUACAUUUUGGGAAUGAUGGCAUCUAUAUUGUAAUAUUUAGACUGUUGUCAGACUUCUCUUUAUCUGAAACCUGGUGUUUUUGCCAGAAGAGAAAAUCUUCACCUAUGGUUGAGUACGUGAAACCUAAAGCUAACGUAAAAAUGUAUACUGAGAUAAAAGCGACAGUAAGUCAUUCAUGAAAGCCUAACUUUUCACUCUAGGUGUCUAAACAUUUUACUUAAGUCUAACCUGACCGAAAUAUAUGUAGACUUUUACCACAAACUAAGUUGAAGCUUCAACAACGCCAUUGGCGUGUAUUAAAAAGCCAUUUUAAGAAAGCUACGUUAGCUAGCCAAGUUGUGCAUUAAUUAUCGUAAACUGGCUAAUUAGGGAUCUUGCUGUUGUGAAUCAUUAUGAGCAAAGCCAAAUAGAGGGCCAUGGAUUUAAACGAGGGACCAGAAUUUCCAGCUUUCACUGUAUGUUGAGGUUAGAUAAGUGUUAUCCAUUGCCUGUAUUCAGGAAGUAGUCUGUUGUGUUAGCGUCUGAGCCCAUACACUGAUAACUUCAGAGGCUUUUCUCAGCCCGAUCUGAAAUGUGUGCAAAAUCAAAUGAACUGAAAUUAACCAUAUAGUCUUUUUCUCUGCUUUUUUUCCUUUUUCAUGACCAACAACGGACGCAGAGAUCAAAGGGACAGGCAUCUAAAGGUGAGUUGAAGCUCCAAUCAAGACUGCAUUUUAUAAAAUACAGUGUUGAAAUAUCUUCACAUUUUGUGGCCCAAUUUUACACCAGCUGAGUGUGAUGGCAUCAAAUGUGUAAGCCUUUCAUAGUUAUAAUACAUCUAACAAUUACAUAUAGUGCACAAAAUCAAUGCAGUGAGAUUAAAAAGAUAUUGUUAAAAUUCCUCGGCUCACAAGUUAAAUUUCCCUAAAAUAACUACAUGUAGAUCAGAGAGAAUUAGCUUUUACUUAAAAGAAUAUUCCACUUUAUGUCAUGGUAAUGCUGUCAAGAGAUUUGUGUACCAGGUGCUCUCUACCUCUUCAGUCCUGGGCCCCUAAAAUUACAGCCACAGGGACUUGUGUCCUCCCACACUGUCCCUCUGGUUGGAUAAAUUUUGCUCACUGCAAGUCAAGUAGAAAACUGAUAACACAUUUUUGUAUCAGCAUGGUUUUAUUCAAAAACGCACACGAAAAUGUACAAGAAAAGCUGUUAUUUUGAAAAAAAUGUAUAUAUACUCUAUAUUUGAAAGGGAACCUAUUGCACCUAAAUGAUUUAAAGAUGCUCAUGAUGGUGAAGUUUUCCUUUAAAAACUUAUGUUCCAGUUCUGUCUCAGAAUAUGGAUGAGUGCAGGUUUUGUGUAAAACCUCAUCCAGUAAUGACAUCCACCUUUUUUUCCCUGAAGUGAGUCAAAGUGGUCUGUGAACUGAGGGAGAGGAUUCCUCCUGAUCAUAGGGUGGCAAAGAGGUUUCCCAUUGGAUUAAAUUAAAACAGGCAGAAUCUUAUAGGCCUGUUCUUGCCCAAAAAUUAUGACUGAAAAUGCAGAAAUUUCCAUCUUGCAUCAAUGCAAGAGGUACAUGUAGAACUAAUAAGAGUAUACAUUGCAUUUUUAAGUGUGUUCAGGGUCCAAACAGGUAGAAACACAGGUACAGGCAGAACUGUGCUGCAGUCAUCUAUUAUCCAUUUCCCGCAAAUGUAGUGCUUGCAUCUGUCGCGUUAAGACCUUGCAAUUGCUUUUUUUAUGACAUUCAAGUCAUCUUUGAUUUUCUACAGUUACUGGAAGAGGCAAAGUGACGCUCAGGACUUGACUCACUUUAACCUACAGGCCUGACUGGCUGCAGGCCAAAGGCUGAUUCACUUCUAGGACAGACAGGAGCUCUAAUUUUACGUGUAAUCGUGUCUUUGAUUAAUUAAAACCUUAGUAGGGCACCGGUAUAACGGAAAAACAAAAAAGAAAGCACAUCGUGUAUGGACAGGUGGCUAAUGGGGCUAGUAUAUCUGAUCAGAAAUAUCUCCUCAUCUGUUGUGUGCUGUGUUGGAGCAGACUGAAUAAAAUGUGCAUUUCAUUUUAACCUACUUUAGACCAUUUCAAAUACAGCACAUCUUGUAAGCCUCAACAACUCAAACUGAAUAUGCAUAAAUAAUCCAUACAUGCUUAUGUAAGUGUAAAAUAAUGUUGUUUUUUUCUUUACAGUGCAAAAUGGUUCUCUACAUCAGAAGGAGACUGUCCAUGACAAUGACUUUGAGCCAUACCUCACUGGUCAAUCAACUCAGGUAAGGCUGCAUGCCUGUAUCUGAAUUUUUAUUCUAAUAUUAUCAAUAAAACAUGUUAAUUAAGUGCAAACUAGACCUCAUGUUUUAAGUCUGUCUUUGUUUUUUUAGGAAAGUGCAUUUUGUGACAAUGGGUGGGCUUACAGUUUAAUAAUGCAACAGAAUAUAAAGAGACUCAUGUGCACCACGGCUUAGCAUGUAAAGAACAGAAAAUGUUCAAUAGAAUUAAAGAUUGAGCGUUUCUUCUCAUCAUUGUGUCACUAUAAAUUCUGAAAUAAUAAUAAUGUUGAAUCAUCAUGUCUAACUCCAAAAUUAAUUCAAAGUUUUUUAUAUAAAGAAACAGCUUCUAUGUAUGUCUAUGUCAUUUUCUAAUAUUGUUGCUCUGCUGACAUUCACUCACCCAGAACAACAGCUACCAGUCCAUCACCGACCCCUACCUGUCCAGCUACUACGCCCCUUCCAUUGGCUUUCCGUAUCCCCUUAGUGAGGCUCCCUGGUCCACAGGUGGGGAUCCCCCUAUUCCAUACUUGACCCCCUACGGACCCUUGAGUAAUGGAGAUCAUCACUUUAUGCCAGACACAGUGUUUGGUCAACCAGGUGGCUUGGGAAGCAGCAUCUAUCCCCAUAGGUUUAACUUUUUCCCUGAAAACCCUCCCUUCUCUGCUUGGGGCACAAGUGGCUCCCAGGGCCAGCAGACUCAGAGUUCAGCCUAUGGAGGCAGCUACAGCUACCCUCCCAGCUCCCUUGGGGGCACCCUGGUGCCUGAUGGUCAGACGGGCUUUCACAGUGACACCCUCAAUAAAGCCCCGGGCAUGAACAGCCUGGAGCAGGGUAUGGUUGGCUUGAAGAUCGGAGGGGAUGUCACUGGCCAGGGGUCGGGAGUCAAGGCUGUGGGGUCUGUUAUCGGUGGACCUGCUGUGGCACCCACAGGGAAUGGCGCCACACCUAUAGGAAUGCCUCCACCCAAACCCACCUCCUGGGCUGCUAUUGCCAGUAAGCCCGCCAAGCCACAACAAUUGAAAGCGAAGGUGAAACCAGGAAUGCCCAAUCCAGGAGGAGCACUUCCCCCUCCGCCUAUCAAACACAACAUGAACAUUGGGACCUGGGACAAGGGCCCGGUGACUAAAAUAGCCACAGCUCCACUGCAGCAGCAGCCUCUCGGCCUGCCUCAUGGAUUGCCACCUCAACCCCCCAUGCAGCAAGGACCCAUGCAACCUCCCCCUCCCCAGUCUUUGGUGCAGCCUCAGAUGCAGCCUAUGGCCUUACAGCCCCAACCCCCCCAUCACCAGCACCAUCAGCCACCACCUCAAGCCUACCAGAACCAAACCCAGCCCCCUCAACCCCAGACCCGCUGGAUUGCCCCCCGCAACCGUAACCAAGGCUAUGGUCAGGGUGGCCCUGGCCAAGAUGGUAGUGGUAUGCUAGGUAUGGUUGGUGGUGGGAACAGUGGCCCCCAAACUUCUGCCAACCAGGGACCUGGUGUAGAGUCCCACCCAGUGCUGGACAAGCUGCGUGCCUCCCAUAGCUACAACCCUAAGGACUUUGAGUGGAAUUUGAAGAACGGACGUGUUUUCAUCAUAAAGAGCUACUCUGAGGACGAUAUCCACCGCUCCAUCAAGUACUCCAUCUGGUGCAGCACAGAGCAUGGCAACAAGCGGCUGGACUCAGCCUUCCGGGCCAUGAACGGUAAGGGCCCUGUGUACCUGCUGUUCAGCGUCAAUGGCAGCGGUCAUUUCUGCGGCGUGGCAGAGAUGCGUUCGCCAGUGGACUAUGGUACCAGUGCGGGUGUUUGGGCACAGGACAAGUGGAAAGGCAAGUUUGAUGUGGACUGGUUGUUUGUUAAGGAUGUGCCUAAUAGCCAACUACGCCACAUCCGCUUGGAAAACAACGACAACAAACCAGUGACCAACUCCCGGGACACCCAGGAGGUUCCUUUGGAGAAGGCCAAGCAGGUGCUCAAGAUCAUCGCCACCUACAAACACACCACCUCCAUCUUUGAUGACUUCUCCCAUUAUGAGAAGAGGCAGGAAGAAGAGGAGGAGGUGCGAAAGGUGGGCUUGGUCGAACUUGAGUUCAGCACCUUUUGAAUGAAUAUCUAUAUUGUCUUAUGGUUCUAGAUGCUUCCUCCUCAGAGUCUAAUCCUUGUUUUUUCGUCUGUUUCCUCAUAUUUGCUCUUCCCGACAGACCUUUGAACCUCCUCAGAUACAGAACCGCUCUCGAUUGGAUCAGGUAAAAAAUAAACACUAUAUUCUUUGUGUCCGCUGUCCCAUGAGUAUUGCAGGGUUUCUUUCUGACAGCUGUUAAUGAUUACUCUUGAUUGUGUUGUUCAUACAGUGGAGCUGAAUUUUUAGAUAACCCAGUAUUUGAUCACUGCUUUAAAUAGAUCAGUGCAGAUCUCUGUUCAUGAAAAUGUUCUGCAGUUCUUGUAAGACUUGUAUAUUGAAUGCAACUUUUUCUCCUUUUUCUCUCUUAAACAGGAGCGCCAAAACAGGAAUAAACAAUAGAAGACAUUUAUCCUUGGCUUGAUCAACAGUUACACUAGGACUUUUGAUUUAAAAGACAGAAGAAUAUGAAAAUGCAACCAAGCCCUUCAUUUUUUUCUAUUUAAUCCUGGUGAAUCUCUGCCAUUGUCGAGACUUGUGCUUUUUAUGCCCCAUGUACCACCCACUUCUUGUGCAGGGAUAACAAGCUGAUUUCAUGUAUUACCUAGAUGCCACCACACUCUUUAGUUCGGGGUCUUUUUUUUUUUUUUUUUUUUCUUUUUUAGAUAAUCUUCUUCCCGUUCCAUCUUGUACACUUCUCUCACAAGACUAGUUUCCUCUCUCCUGCCCCCCCUGCCCCCCACCUAUUUACAAUCGAAUCAGGGUUUGACUGCACCAUGGAGAAAAAAUCUGCCACUUUAUAUUUCAGUACAAUCAGGAACAGAUGUGUUCUGCCCCUGUUUGUCCAUUUGGGGGCAACAUUGCCAUGCUUCAGAGGUUUAACUGUGCCAACAGGGUUGGAGGAUCCCAAAGGCAAUGUCGGACUUGGAGCUGUGCGAUAAUAAAACUUCACUGGUUUAUCUAUUUUUCAUUCAGAUCGACAAAAUCUCUAUUUUUUGGCUUACUACUGACAAUUUUCAUUUCAGAAACCUGUUUUCUGGAGCCUUAAUGUUUUUUUUUUCUUUUUUCUAAUUAUUGGUGACUCAAAAGAACUGCUCAAACAGUGACACUGCUGGAGAAAUCAGGGAUAGUGUGAAGUCACACGGGACUCGAGACAUUUCUGAGGAGGAAAUGCAAAGGCCUCUGGGAAAGAAAUAACGGAUGUGUCCUCCACAGCCAGAACUCUCACCAUUAUAAGUCAAAAAUUGUACUAUUGACAUCCUUCACACCCCUCUGCUUUGCUUUCUUUUGAUGUCUGUCUUGAAGGGGUCUUUUGUAUGUUUCAUCAGGAGAUUCUGCUUGUGUAUGCAACCCAGUCUGAGAGAAUUGUCGCAUCCAAACAUUUUAAAAUUGUUUUAUAAUCAAAAUAUGUAAUGAUGUAACUACUACAUUGAAUGAAUCGUUGCUUUUGCUUUUUCGCUCCACAGAAAAGGGGGGAGGCUUCACGUUUCUGUCCAUUCACCAUCAUCCUGUCUUAAUCCUCUUGUUUCUUGUUUUCCUUAAAUUUGGUUUUGCUAAGUCUUGUCAUGUUGGUCGUAAUGCUAAGCUUUAACGUAGGAGCCUAUAUAUUCAUGGAGAAAGCCUAAAAAUGUAUAACCUAAAAAUUAAUGUAACUGAUUUACUAUCGAGUAAGAAAAAAGCUAAGAAUGAAAUGUGGUUUCUGUGUGUUUUUUGGUUGUUGUUGCAAACAUAGUUUGAUCUAGACUGAAACAUUGGUUACGAUUCAGUGAAGUACCUUCAGGUAUGUGAACGACUAAAAAGCUUGGGUAUUAAAAACAGUCACUCGCAGAUGUGUGUGGCCGUGCGUGACAGGAUACAGUAUAGAGAGUCUGCUGGGAGUGUUAACUCUGUUAUCCAGCUUGUCUUCAAAGCCAGAAUGCAGGUGUUUUUGUUCCUGAGCGUGUUCAGAGAAGUAGGUCUUCUCCGUCUGAUUAGAAAACUGUUCAAGUAUUUUGUGAAGUGUGAGGUAACCAUGAUGUCGAGAAUGGCUAUAAAGCUGCAAACGGACGUGGCUGUCUAUGUAAAGCAGUGGAUUCUUUUCGGCGUUUUUGUGUAUCUAUGUAACCAUUACGUUCCCGAAUAUUUAGACCCCCCGACUCACGAUUUUUGUGACAGUUUCUGAAGGCUGAAUAUAAUGUGGCCUGAGCUUUUUUUUUCUUCAAGCUGUUUUCAGAUCAUGUUCGUAUGUUUGUCAUGAUUUGAUUUUGUCUGAACUUUACUCUGCUGAGAUGGCAGAAGUACUGCACUUUGCUGAGGUCACUUGAGUGAGUAUGAUCGCACGCUUCACGAUCAUGGUCCCUGACGUGUGGAGCUGCAUCAUGUUAUUUCCUAUGGUCAGUGUAUCCCCCUGUAACCCAGAGAAAUGACCUCUAACAGUAUCCUCUCUUCCCCGUCUCUAUUUCUUUCUUUCUUUUUUUUUCUUUUUACCUGCACUAAUCUAUAGCUAGGUCGAUCCAAGCAAUAUGCUGAAGGUCCUUCACAUGAUUGCCUUCACUGAUGCCACUCUCUCAGACCAUUGUAGAGUCAAGGGAAGGUGAGAAGCUACAGGAUGCCACAAAAGAAGAGCUGUCUUUGCCUCAGGAAGCACGAGCUGGUUGCGAUCACAGAAUAGGGCUUUAUGUGCACGUCAAUAACCAUCAGACAAUGUAUGUUGCAAUAGAGCGAUGUCAGGUUAGCCAUGAAAGUGUAUGUAUCUACUCUACAAAAAGGAUUAUUGACAUGAUAUAUUAGACAUUGAUUAUCUUUUAGACUGCAGCAGUAGUGGGCCUGACUUGUUCAAAAGAUUUAUCUGGGUUAUUCUUUAUAGAAGAAAUCAAGCCUUAAUAAACUACCCAUUCAGAAAUAACUUUGUCUUGAUCUCAUGUAUUUUUCUGACGGUUUCUUCCAGUGGUGUUAGUUAAAGGAAGGAAGCUGUGCAGGGCGCCUAAAUGUCACCAUUUCAAUUUGUAUUUUUUUACGACUCCGGUGCCCUGAAACAAAGCAGACAUGUUUUCACAGGUCCAAGUGGUCUACAACUGAAGUUGAUGCAAUGCUGAAACAGGAGGAGAAAAAAUCAUAGGGUAUUUUGUUAAAUUCAUCCGAUCACAAAUUGACUCAUUUUUCAAAUUGAUUUUCUAACUUCAGCUUUUACACAUUUUUAUUUUUUGUUUUUGGUUAAUCCACGUCUGUGUCUUGAGAUGUCUUGUGCACGUGCUGUUCUAGUCAGAUCUUUUUUUUUUUUUUCCCCCUUUUCCUUCACAGGAGCUCUCCAUGGUGCUGAUGUCCUGAUUAGAAGGAACAGCUGAGGGGAUGUUGAAAACCACAGAGUGGCACAUUCAGAACAUUACCUGGAAUUGAAGCAUGGAGCAGGACAUGGUGGUUAAGGUUUUCUUAGAGGUAUGAUUCUCAAACGUCAAUCCAUUUUAUCCUACAUAACCGAGAGUGUCUUUCUGGUCAAAUUCGUAACCAGGUAGAUUUUAAAUUCAUCCACUUUGUUGUUUUUUCUCUCCUUUACAAUACACUUGACGAGGUCUGAAGUCGGUACAAGGGCAAUGUACAUUUCCACAUGAAAUAAUCACAAAGAAAAGCAGGAAAACUCGGUGCAGCACAGGCUUUAUUUUUGGUAACAUUUCAACGAAUCCAUCAAACUGAAAAAAGAAAAAACAAAAGAACAAUUUCACAGUAAAAGAAACCAUUUUAAAAAGACUUAAUUUGACCUGGUAUAGGGAAAUGUAUUUAAAAAGGUGUUUCGUUUUCCAAAUAUGUCUCUGAUACAUCUGUCUUAUGUAAAAAAUAUAAUGUCUAUAGCCUAUUUGAACCAGAAUGUUCAGUUUGCUUCUCAAAAAUCCCGUUUUUGGUUUGGUACCGUAAUGGCGCGUUGAAGCUUGUCUUUUAAAUCAUACACCUUUCAGUACAAUCUAAAACAGAUUCCUUGCUAGAUUACGCAUGAGUUAAACGUUCAUAAAAAGCAGUAAGUGCGGAUGAGUUUGGAGUAAAUUUAAGCGUGAAAGGAUGAGGUACCGUGGCCUUCACUUGGCUACAGCUCUACCCAUGCGUUGUCCUAAGGAAGCCUGUAGGUGGCAUUGAAUCACUUAAGUUUCCAUAAGUUGACUUCAUCACACUAAACACUGCAGCCGCCGUCAGUUUGUGUCCCUUUAGGCAGCUCAGCCCUCUGCUGUAGCUCUGACAAACACACACACAGGCCUACAGAAGGUGUGGUGGGCUGGAACUGCUGGCCUAGUUUUUGCAUGUGAAAUAAUUCAUUAAAGACUAUUUUGAAACGAAGCAGAGACUGUAACCCGCUGAAUCUCUGGAACAUUAUGUGAAAAUCGUUGGACUGUCAAAUUUGGACAGUGAGAAAGUAGAAUGACAUCCAUUCAGGCUCCCACGGAUACAUAGCAGCAUGAAUACACUAACAGCAGUAGAUAUUCCCAACAUUUUACGCACCGCUUGGCUGUUUGGGUGUACGGCCCUUGUAUCGGAUGAUGCUUUGAGUUGUGCCGCGUUUUAGUCAAUAAUCCAAAUUUGAAAAUCAAUCAUUUGUAUAUGUUUAUUUGGGUCAGCACCUCAGUUUUCAAAAUAUCUAUCUUCUUUCCAAUCAAUUAAUUGUGAUUUGGUUUUAAGAGGUACGAAUGCGCAUUUGGAGGAAGCAAACCCUCCCGCCUGGUCCUACAUUAGAAAUGAAAGAUUACAAUUUUUAAAAGAGCAUCAAUUUCCAUUAUUCCGGGUCAUUUUCUGGGCUAAACGUAGAAAUAGGGCAUUGACCCCGCUUGGCGAAAAUCCAAUUGUUUUCUGCGUCGUGUUGUGCGCGAGGAUUGUCACGCGGUUUAAAAGAAGUCAGACAAAAACCGCCAUCUAAAACCCGCAUCAAACCAACCUUCUGGAUCCUUCAGGAGAUGUUCACGAUAACUCGCGGUGCCAUCAUUUCGUGCUGUAAUUGCAAAUUAAAGUACGCAUUGCGCUCACCCUGUCAAAGCAUCAUGCACACGCACACACACAAACACAUACACACACACACACAGGCACGCGUUCACAUCCUUGCGCAUGCAUGCACGCACACAUACACACACACUCACGCGCAGGUGAGUGACAGUACAGCAGCCAGCUCCAGCCAGGGGCCUGUUGCGAUACAUUUAGGGUCAAAGCAGUCAAAAGUGGAGCACGUGGCCUGAUGAGACAAUGAGGAGGUAAAAAAUGUGAAGCAUGAUGCUAUGCAGAUUCCUCUCUUGGCAUUCACCGCGUGCCUUAAUUGUAUGGACAUUAAAUCAAGGUCCGCUGUGAACACGCAGAGUGACAACCCUUCGAGAAAGUCUCCCUCUCACCCCCUGCUCACGGGUGCACAAUGAAGCCAAGCCGGCACCUUCUCACCCUGACUGACUCCCACGCGCUCAAAACCUCCAGCAGCUGCCGCCAAGGAGGAUGCAAGACUGCAUGACUGCGAUUUAAGCACAGCUCCCGUUUUCCCGUGCGCGCGCUCGGCCGUACACGCACGAAUACAGUCACACACACAUACACACGAGAACAAAUCUAAAGCCGAUUUUGCAACACACUCAACACACAUGCAUCCAGACAGUCAAAUCUAAAGCCGAUUUAUAGCAUACAGCAGCAAUAACGCACGCGGCCACAUUCCUCCCCUGCGUCUCUAUAGAAAUAUUGAUAUCACUGCGCCACAGCUCAGCUUCAAACCCUGCCAGCACACAGCCCACAGUCAAACGAUGCAAAGCAAAAAAGCUCGCACAUUCUAACCAUCACUACUCACACUCUCCUAGUCUAUUUCUGUGCGUCUUUACGCAUCCCCCAGGCAGAUUACCUCGCAAAGAAUGACAGCUGAGCCUAUCCAAGCUCGUCGCUUUGUCCUGUCUUCAAACCACUCACUUCUUACAACAUCAACCUGACCAAAAGCACAAAAGACAGCAGUGAAAACAAGAAAGAGAGCAACAAUGGCAGCGCGUCACAAGGCUAUUUGUUUGAAGUCAUACAUCCCACUGUGAAGAGUGCUGUAUUCUCCAUUUAACUUGGCUUGAAUGCAGUUCCCCGAUUCGUCCACGAUCAACGCCCUCGGACAAAACGCGCGAUGCUUCCUCUCACUUGUCAUGCAGCACAGAAACUACAGAUGGCUACUUUACAUAUGGCUACUGUAUAACUGGAGGGAAGCGGUUCUUCUAAGCGCCACAGAACUCUCUAGCGUGUCCCUAAAGCUCGUGCAGGCGGACGGCUAAAUCUCUCGUGUUUUAAGUGCGGGAAAAAAAAGGGCUUCUUCGUCUUUAGAAAGGUCCUCUCUUCACCAAGAGUCAGCCGGUUCCUUUUGCUUCGUGUCUUUUUAAUCUGACCCAUUUCAGGCACAAUCCAGCCGUGGAUGCAUGCCCCCCCUUCCCCUCCCCUCCCCUCUUUCGCUCCUCUCUCUCUCUCCCUCUCUCGGGCUGUGUGAUCCACUGUCUCCCGGAUUAGAGCGCCCCUCUCUUCCCAACCUAGACAAUUGCGAGUCUCUGCUGAUUGGGCUUCGGCGCAAGAGGAUUACAUGGGCGCACAAUGACGUCAUGGCCCGGGGCCCAAACCCCCUCCCUCCCUCCCUCCCUCCCCUCUCUCUUCCUCACCUCCCCCCAUUAAAACCAAAUCCUCAUCAGCCCCAAAUGUCCUUGAAACCACCGGUCUGACUUUCUGCAGCGCGUCAUGUAUGCAUGCAUCGGAGCAGACAUACAGUUGGUGAAAAUAUAGUCACAGCCGGUGGUUGACAUUUCCAUAGGAAAGAGCCACAACAACCGGCGGACAGUGUGUGCACCUGAACUGCAGCACCUUGGCGGUUUUUCCCCCUUAGCAGGUGCAUGUCCCGGUACUCACUGAUGCUACCAAGCUGCAGGCAUUUGGAAAGAGAUGGAUAGCUUCAACUGUGAGCUGCACUGUGUGAUCAUUUUGAUCAGACCCAGUUUCUAAGAAAAGGAACAAAUAGAGACAUAAACGUCCGAUAUAUCUUCAUGCUAUCUGGCCUUACAUUUAAAACUAUUUAAGAUGCAAUGACAACCAAAGAGUGGAUGAAAUCUAACCCUGGAAUUUUAGCCCCCUAAUGUGUUAACCAUUGCGCAUAUUCCGGUUGCGCAGAGGCCCACAGAGAGCUAACAUUUCCUGUUAGGAGCCAAUAUUUUUUUGUAAACACUAUAACGGAACCCUAUCCUUCCAGAUGUUUCAGAUUCAUCUCAGAGACUGUCUUUACAGUGCCUUGUAAGGCCUGCAGCCUGAGCUCCCACAUGGCUAAAACCACAUGCUACCCCAACGCUCAACAUCAACAAUUUUGCGUUUUAAAGUCAAGAUACAAAACAGGUCACUUUUAACUAAAUUUGCACAUGUAAAAUAAGCCUAACACUAAGAUUUAAAGUUUGCACAAUUGCUAGCAUUGUAUUGGAGGACAUUUUCUAAACUCUUCAGGCUUACAUCAGUUGUUUUUUAUGAUUAUAGUCUUCCUGUAGGCUUUGAUAGUGGGCCACAAAUAUCUGAGAGCUUGACUUGACAAGUUGUUUGACGUUGUGACCUAUAUUAGAAAAAAUAUACUCAUCAGCUCUUCCAAAAACAUUCCUGUGCUUCUCUUUGGUAAACUCACAAAUCAGGUAUUUUGGUCACUACUUUCAUGUCAAGGAUAGAGACCAAUUCCUUUAAAAAGCAUUCUUAUUUUGACUCAAUAGUGACUAUAUUCACCUGACCUAUUUUUUUCUCUCCCCAUAUUUUGAAUGUUUUGUAUCCACAUGUGCACCUGCAGUUUCAGCUCAUUAUCAAAAUUUCUGCCUCAUAUUUCUCCCCUUAAACAGAAUUGUUUUGAUAACAAUACUAUAAAUCUAUCAUACAUUUUAGCCUUGUUCUAACAAAAAUCCUGAAGCAUAUAUUGAUUUCUGUCCCGGAAGAAAAUGUCAUUGGAUUUUCAAAUGUUUCUACCUCCUUCCGUAGUGUGUCUACCUCCCACUGUUGGCUGAACAAAGAGAGGGAGAGGAGGAACCGUCAGCGCUGUUUAGGAUGAAACCGCUUCUCUUUUACUCCCCAUAACGGAGCCUAUACAAUCGCAAAUGUGCCCUUUUUCACACAAAUGUAAUUAUUAGCUAUUUUAAUGGGCAUACAUUUAGUCUCAUCUCAACCUCCCUCGCAAUCUGCAUCUCAAAACGAGCCCCUGCAUUUACAUUAAGGCAGGUUAAUCACUAAUGCAAGUCAUUUGUUAGCCUUACGGAUUCUCUUUUACGCCAACACGAGGAAUAUGAAAUAACCCAGCCUGCAGAAGUAGAAUCCUCCUCUGUCCGCAUAUCGCCUAUACUGUUAAAUCCACGCUGGCUUGGACUCACAAUCCUUUGUUCAGAGUCUUUCUCUCGUCGUUGAUUCCUCCAUGCACCAUACCAAGGCUCCAUUGCAUCCUCUCUCCAUUUUGUGCAGGCCCUUCAUGUGUUGAGAAAACGCACGCAAACGCAGCAGCAUAACGCCUGUAACACUGAGUGGAAAAACAGCCUCCGUCUCUCCUCCACAUGCACGAGGAAGUUUAGAGAGAUUCCAGAUCGUGAAUUGAAUUGCAGCAGCUUUUUUUUUCUCCCCACAUCUCUCCCCGUGCAGAGCAGAGCGGCCUCCACAUCUUAAGCUGAAUGAAGGGGGAGUUGUCCCUGUGCAUUACAAUGACAUUCAGGCCCCAUUCAUUCAGCCACUGUCUAACGGUCUUUGGACAGCAAAUGCACCCCCAUCGGGGGGUCGCAGCCCCCUCAUUACACCCCCAAUCCUAACACGCAGCCCCCCACAAUAGCCCCAACAAAGGAGAGAAGAGAGUCGGCCCCAGUUGUGCGAGCUGCGGCCCCUGGACUUUUGAGGUACGCUGGGAAAAUACUUCAGUGCGUUUGAAUCACACUAGAGAACGUGCCGCGGUGGAGCUUCAUUUGGAGCUGUCAACUACAGGCGAUCCAAAAUAAAUAUGUGCGUUGUUUAUAAUAACACCAACAGCGGGUAUAACUUGGUUGACUGUUUCAAAACACGGGCGAGAAUCAGGUUAUGCAACACUGUUUAUUUUCAACGCAGUGUGCCAGUGAACGCGCCACAAACGUCCAGUGAGACGCAAAGUUGGCGCAAACAGCUGCGUAAAAUAAGAAGCGAGAGCGCGCGUAAAAAGGCAAGCUGCAGGACCACGCUCUUUCCAGAAUUGUGCAAUAUUUUAUAUAGAUUUAAAAUAAUCAACUAGUACAUUUUGGGCAGGAACACUUUCGAGAUUUAUUGAUGCGAAUGUAGCCUAUAGGGUGUUUAAACCAGUAGGCAUUUGCUAUAGGUUAAUGUGCGCCAUAUAACAACAUAGAGCUACAAUUUGGAGAUAUUAAGAUAUACAGCCUCCAAAAACAGCUGGAAAAAAAUGAAUAUGCUUUAAAAUAAUGUUUAUAUUUUAGAUGCAGUUCUGUGAGCGUGAUGCUGCUCUGAACACACGCAAACACACCAGUUUGGCUCCGCAUGUUCGUCUGUGCGUAAAUCCAACUUUCUGAAUUAAUGGUUCAAAGCCUAAUCGAUCAUAUAAGCUUAGUUACAGACCACUUCCAAAUGUGCCUCAGAUUUUUAAAAAUACUUUAAUAUCAAGGAUAAUAAUAUAUAAAAGUGGUCAAAGUCAUAAAGAUGGUAACAAGUUUUAAUAACUGAAGCACAUAUUCGGCGUAAAAUAGUGGACAGUGUUGGAAACCUGGCUUGGAGAGGCAACUUUCCCAGGGAAAUCAUACCGAUUUCCGAAAUGCUGUUGAAGGCCCGAAUAGGCACAGCUGGGCUUCUGCUUAUGGGCCUAUUCAUGAAGAUGAGGAGGAGGAGGAGGAGGAGGUAGAGGAGAAGGAGGAGGAGGAGGCGAGGUCAGCGCUGCGGCCCGCUGCAGCUCCGCACCAUCAGCUCGUUAUGCAGUCACACACUUUGUAGUUCAUAACAUAAUUCACCUCUAACACAACAAGGAGAGUGGACAAAACGUUUCCACCUGGUGAUUAGAGAUAUUUCUGAUGGGAGUGAUACCUUAAUUUAAAAAUUUCAAACUUCUUGAUGAUACUAAUUUUAUUUCUCAUAUUAAUAUUUUAGAAAACAGAUUUUUAAUAAGUUGUUCCCCCUUUCUUGCUCUUUGUUAAAUAUCAUUUUUUAUCUCUGUGCUCAGUUACUUCCUUUAUUUUUUUUUUAGCUUUAUUCAAAGUCAAACAGACUAAUAUUUCCAAUGAGUGACGGUCUCCAAAAGAAGAAAAAAAAAAACGUGUUGGUGAGCUAUUCUGAGUCGCAGGAAAUUUCCUUCAAAACACUGACUAAAGUUUAUCAAAAAGAAAAGAAACGAAUCUCCGGUGCAUUUUCUUCCUAAAACCUCCCACACUUUUAUACUGGCAGAGCUACUUGUUUUGAGAGGCAUAUAAAGAGGUGUAAUUUUGCAAACAUUUCUUAAGUGCAGAGAGCCAGAAGGACCCUCCAGUAUUGUCCAGGGAGAGAAAGAGAAACACGUUGACAAAGGAAUCCAUUGUUCCCAGUGAA